AUGCAAAAUCAAUACUUUGUGAAAGGAUUAGGGUUUGGUCAAAAGUAAGACCCUUAAGAGACUAGAUCAUAUGGUCGUAUUAAAAAGAAUCCGUAUUCAUCGUAUUACAAUAGAAGUUAUAAUAUAGUAAGAAAAUCAAUUCAAAUUUAGAAUUCGCAUGAUAUUAGAAUGUGUCAAAAUAGAAUCAAAAAAAUGAUAGUUAUUCUCAACAAUGCAAUUAAGAAUUAAGCUGCAACUGUAUUCAAAUAUUUAAGGUAGUUUUGUCAUCUUCAAUUAGUAUUUAUGUACAAAAUAAAGAAGAAUAAGAAAUGAAAGCCUAACUUAAAAUUAUUCAAGAAGGUUUAUUAAAAUUUCAACAUGCGAUAUCAUUAUACAAUUAAAGAUUAAAAUACACAGAAUUCUUUCGUUUAGCAAGAAUAGAUGUAAUGUCACAUUUGAAAAAAUAAUUGAUAAAUCAGCAUUCUUUGUAAUAUCAACCACUUACACAUGAAAUAUUUAGAAAAUGGCUUAGUAAGACUUUUGAAUUGAAAUUAAAUAGGCUUUUAAAAUAAUAGCAAUAGAAUAUGAUAGGUUUUUAUAAAUUUACUUUGUGCAAAAUUCUAACAAAAUAAGAGUCAUUAAAAGUAUGGAGUUUUAAUAAAUUAAGAAUUACUCAAAGAAAAUCUAAAUUAAAUAGAUUAAUAAUUAACUUAGGUUUAUAGAAUUUAAGAUUAAAUCUAUUUAAUGCUGAGGAAGCAACAUACUAAUAUUUAAGAAAACCUCAUUAUUUAGAAUCAAUUAAAGCAUUUUAAAAAUUAAAGAAUUACAAAUAUUUUAAUUCAAAUCAACAUUACUUUAUAUUAAUUUUAUUUAAUGCAAUCAGUAACAACAUUAAAUUAAAUAAGAUAGCAAAUUAAAUGUAUUGAAAACUUUGUUCUUAUCAUCCAUUAAAAGAAUUGAUCAAGAUUUUGACUUUAAAGUACCAAAUCAAUAAAUACAAUAAUUCAAUAUAGAAUUAGCAAGAUAAUUAGUUCAUUGUAAAUUAGAACACUAAAAGAUAUAAUAAAGAUUUUUUUAAAAAUCAAAUUUACAUUCCUAUAUAGUAAUAUUUCAAUCAAUUAAAACAAUAAUCAAUAAAUAAAUGAUGCCAAUUUUUUAUUAGAUUGGAAGAUUGUAAAAAUAAAUUUAAGCACAAGAUAUAGAUGUUUAAGAUGGAAUUACAAAGAAUUUAGUAUAUUUUAUUCAUAAUUCAAGAGCAUUUUAGUUGGAAAAUAAAAUUUGAAAAUAAAAACCAAGAAUAUAAAAACAUAAAAGUUAGAUAUUCAUCUAAGAUUGGAAUAAAUUUUGAGAAGAAAUUAUAUGCAUGAAAGAAAAUCAUUAAUGAAAGCCAUUACAAAAUGGUAAAUUAAUAUUACUUUUCCUGUUUAAUUGUAUCAUGAUUAUGAAAUGAGAUUAAGAGUAUUGUAAAAUGAAAAGGUGAACUAUUAAAAUAAGAUUAGGUAGUAAUAAUGAUAGAUCUAGAAUAAUUGGAAAUUUUGAAUAAUGAAUUGAUGACUUCAAUUAAUUAAAAUACAGAUGAGUCAAAUCCUAAUACAUCUAAGAAGAAUGAUCAUAAAUAAAUUUAAAUUCAAAAAUUUGAUAUUCAAGAUAAUUUGACAUCUCAAAAAGAAAUUAAAAUAGCAUUUGAAUAUGUUGAUUAUCUAAAAGAAGAUGUAUAAUUAUUUUAAGAUUAAUAUAGAAUAUCAAUUUAAAAAAGCAAGUUUAGCUGAAUGAAUAACUCAUGAUAAAUGAAAUUUUAAAAUUAGAAUAAGAACUUUAAGUAAAAUAUAUUUUAAUAUAUAAAAGGAACUCAAAAAUUAAAUAACUAACUGA